AUGAGAUGUACUGCUAUCUACAAGAAUGGCAUUGUAAAUCCGGAUGUAGUCAUCUCAAAUGACAACUUCAGUUCUUUGGAAUGGGCAAAUGUUAAGUUGGUGAAUGAUUCCCCAACCUCUACUCGAGUGUCGAGUAGCAACAUUACUACUUGGAAGCCUCCACCUGAGAAUUUUACCAAGAUAAACUCUGACGGAGCUUGGGAUCCCAUGACAAAAAAUGGAGGCACUGGUACAAUUUUGAGAGAUCACAGUGGGCAUUUCCUUGCUGGGGGCAGCUAUUUCAACACCUACAAUCCAGCCAUUGAGUCUGAGGCUAUGGCUUUAAUUCAAGGGUGUUUCCUGGCAGCAAGAUUAAACAAGCUAAAUGUCAUUUGUGAAUGUGAUUGCAAGGAUUUGGUGGAGUUUGUUAACAACCAAGACUGUGGUGAGAGUUGGAGACUAAAUCCUUUUUUGGAAGACCUUCUCAGGUUUAAAUCUCUUUUCAGUAACUUCACCUGCACUUGGACUCCCCGUGAAGCUAACCGUUCAGCGGAUGCUGCAGCCAAGCUAGCUAAGCAGAGGCUAUUAUCCCAAGAGUGGAUGAACUACCCCCCAGCCUCUUUGGUGUCAACUCUUCGAUGUGAUGUUCAACCAUGCCCCCAGACUGAGUAG